AUGCUUACAAAUCGACUGCCGAAUUUUAGUGCUCUUGGAAACAUAUCGCUCGAAGAUCUAGCGCGACUAGCCCAGCUUCAGCCUGAAAUGUCCUCACAAGAACGUGUCAUAGAUGGCUACCUUGAGCUGCUAAGGCAAGCGCGGCUUGAUGCAGAGACAUCUUUGGAAAACAUGGACAAAGUGGUCACAUAUUUCCAGAACGUUCUGUCAGUGAACAUCAGCGCAGAUAGCUAUGACACCUCAGCUUGGGUUCAAAGCGUUUAUCAACAAAUUAUGACCUGUAUUACAUGGUGUAAAGUUAAUAUGCAACGAAUCUCCUACUUCUUGAAGCCUGGCUUGGAGGAGUCUGAUGUCGCAGACUUUGUUAGAACGCUCGGAAAUGAAUUGGCGCAAUGUGAGCAAUUAGCUAUAAAAGGUGGAAAGGCCAUUCCUACGGAUAAGGAACUGAAAUUGACACCACAGGCAUGUAAAUUUGCAUUUUGUUUUAGUUGGUAUUGACU